CCGAUGUUUGCAAAUAAAAUGGAGAGGUCGUCAGCACAUUCCAUUAUUCCACACAGCGGGUCAUGGUGUAGACAGACACGUGACAUGACAGACACAGUCCAACCCCUGUGGGCCUGCCCACAGACAAGUCAGCUCACAUCCCGCCCGCAUGAAUCAAUCAACGCCAGCAUGCAGAAUCCAUCACCGCCAGUUGUGUGGGUGGGGAGCACUCUGCCAGUGCCCUUCCUCCACCACCAAGUCUUCCAAAAACGACUCUCCAUCCGUGAUGCAUCAACGCAACCAUCACGAAUGUAUGAGCCAGGCCCGCCCCCGGUGCCGUGCGUCCUUGAAAAUUCAGAUGCCGACCGCUCUCUCACCAGCCGCUGACAUGCAUCACACACCCCUCUCUCUUCGCCUGGCCUCCAGCCAAGCACACACAGAGCAGUCAGGAUCCAUCUGUGCACCGCCCCUGGCACGUGUACGUUCAUCGCAUCGUCGGCAUACUCGACAUGCACCCCUCGGCCCGAAGGAUGCACCCUUCACCCCUUCGGGCCGAGAAGCUGUCGACAUGCACCCCUCCCCGGCGAUUCCCAAGCCCCCACCCCUCAGGCCGAGAGCCGCCAGAGCUGAGGCGCACCCACAACACAACAGACACAUCACACAGACUGUCCAUGAUGCUGACAACAGAAAAUUCUUCCACUGACGCCCCUGGCACGUGUAGAUACAUCGCAUGGUGGGCAUGCUCGACAUGCACCCCUCGCCGGCGAUUCUCGAGCCCUCUCCCCUUGGGCUCGAGAAACCGCCGGAUUACAUACACCCAUCAUGCACCCUCGUCUCUUGCCCCCUGGUUCUUCUAGGGCUGCAAGCACCUCGUCUGUCCACUCCACUACGUGCAGGCUACUGUGCCACUUGGGGUGUCUUGACGAGGCAGUUGCGGAAUCCCCCCUCAAGCUCAGCACGGUCGAGGUUUCUGCACACACAACGCAUUGCAAUCAUUGCGGUCACCUCACCCCUGCGGAUGGAUCCGAUUCGAGGAAGGACUGACCUGCCGAUGAAGACCAGCUUGCACUCACGAGUCUCGGAUGGCUUCCACUCGUCCUGUGCGAUGCCGCUGCAAGAAGGAAGGUGACAUGACAGGGGGAGCAUGGUGAAUGAGCAGCAAGCGAUGUCCGUAGUCACCUGAAGAGCAUGUGGAUUCCCUGGAAUACGAACUUGCACUCGUUCCCCUCCACGGCCAGCACUCCCUUCAUGCUGCACGCACGGGCCAGAGUGAGAGCCACUUACUUAUUCCUCCCUCUGGCAAACAAACCUCUUUCUUGGCUGGCCUACCGGAAGAUAUCUGCGCCCUUGUUCCUCAGGAUGUCCCCGAGCCACUCGUUGAGUUUGUUCUCAUCCACCUCGCCGACCAGGUCGAUACCGACGCUCGUCACCGUCUCGUCGUGCUGCACGCACGCACACCGGGCCGGCCCACGUGACGUGACACGUGUACAUGUAUGUACUCGCCGCACCCACCUGGUGCUCCUGCCCAUCCUUCAGAAACUCACUGUCCAUCUCGAGGACCUGGGGGACACGGAUGGGAUGAGGGGACAGUAAAGGGAAUACACAUGUCACCAGUGGGAGCGAGCACCUUGUCGAGCGAGAACGCACGGAUGCCAAGGAUGCCGCUGAUAACGCUCUCCAAGGAAGUGGCCACGUUGAGCGUCGUCUUGACGAUUGGAGCGAAGUUGUUGAUGGCGCGAAUUCUCUCCUCGACCUGGGACAGGUACGGGGCAUCGACAAGGUCGAUCUUGUUGAGCAAAAUGCGGUCCGAAAACGCGAGCUGCAGACACACGCACACACACGAGUUCCCAUCGAUGGAGGCACGGGAAUGCAGCGAGCGAUGGAUGGAUGGAUGGAGAUUGGCGUAUGCAGGUACCUGCUCAAUAGCCUCGUUCUCUACGCCCUCAGGCUUCUCGUCGUCCAAGUGCUGGAUGAUGUGCUUGGCGUCGACGACGGUCUGCACACACCACACCACACCACACCACACGAGGCGGAGGACACAGAGAGAGAGAGUGCAGGUCAGGUCAGGUGUAGUGUGGUGCGAUCAGUUUGUUUGUUUGCGUCGCCUCACCACUAUACCAUCCAGACGAAUUCUCGCGUUGAUGUAGUCGUCGACCUGAGUGUUCAAGUAAAGACAGACAGAGUAUGUAUGGCUGGAUGGGGCACAGCACACGUGUAGACAAGUGAGACGGAUGCGCAAACAGGCGUACAAAGAAUGUCUGAGCAACAGGCGCGGGAUCCGCCAGGCCUGAUGGAUGGAUGGAUGGCAGAGACAGUCCGGUUGCUGAUGCAUGCCCACUGCAGGCAGGCCCACUCUACCCUCGCCGGACAUGUCGUACGUACCUGUGGUCUCUAUCAGGAUGUGGUCGACACGCCCAUCGGUGCGGCCGCUGCAGACACACAGCACAGCGGACGGACCAAGUGCCCUCGGUCGGGUCGGCGUGAAUUAUCUAUCAGUCGUUCCACUCCCCCAAUGCGGUACCUCUUGAGGAUCUUCUUGAGCCCCUCCACCAGGUCACCACGGACUGUGCAGCAGAUGCAGCCGUUGUUCCUGACGCACGCACCGCGCGGGGCAGGAGGCGGUGUGGGUGAGGGGAGGACAUACAUGAGUCAGUCAAGUGAGUGGUGGUGGGGUUCCUACGCACAUUUCUAUGAUCGUCUCCUCCUCCUUGAGGGCUUUCGUCACGAGAGCGUCAUCGAUGCCGACCUCGCCGAACUCGUUCUGUCCCAUACACACACACACACACACACACACACAGCACAGCACAGCACACAUGCCUGCCCCACACGCACAUGACUCGACGCUGUGGUUUCUCUCCGCACCUCGAUGAUAGCGAUGCGCUUGUCGCCCUUCCAGUCGCGCAGGAUAUGGUUGAGCUGCAUUGCAUCAUUGCAUGGAGGACAGAAUACAUGUGUGUAUGCAAUGCAUCGGUGGCUCUUGCGCAAGCCACACCACACCACACCCCCAACGUAACAUGGCUACCAAUGUCGUCUUGCCACUGCCAAGGAAGCCUUGGAUGGAUGAGGAUGCGCACGAUUGGUUGACAUCAUCCAAGUGAACGAAGAGGAAUGUGGAGAGAUGUGUCUGUGUGUCUGUGUGUUUGUGUGCGUUCCUCACGCACCUGUUAGCACGGUGGCUGGGAUCUUGGCGUCCUCCUGCUGCGAGUAGGUCUUGUCCUCCAUGGCCAUGACUUCCUCGGUCUCCUGGCGCAGCUCCUUGGCACGCUCAUGAUCGGGCCACACCGAGAUGACGGCAUCCAGCUCGAUGAUAGCCCUCUUGUGAGCGCCGAGAUUGCUGAGCACCUCCGAUCGCGUGAGGAACAUCGGCACGAGCUCGGAUAUCACCUUGGCGGCGAGCUCCUCGCCAGCCUUCUGGCGGACGGAGUCCAGAAACUUCUUUGGGUCUGCGCAAGGCGAACACACACGAUGUGCGACGGGGCAUCCGACGCCACUCACUCCCUCAUCAGGCUUACUUACCGCGCAUGGAAAUGGACUCCAAGCCCAAGGAUGCGCCGUACUCGUCGAUGGCUUUGUUGAUGAUCUGGAUGGCCUGAUAUAAGAGACAUAGAUGCAGGCAGGUGAUGUGCAAGAACGAAGGCAGUGCGUGCAGGGAGAGGGGAGGGGAGGGGAGCGGCCCUCAGGACGUACGUACCAUGAAGUAGUCGUUGUCCACCUUGAGGGCCGCCUCUGCUGCCACGGCCAGAUCCUUCCACGAGGUGGACGCGGCGGUCAGUCGCUCCAUCAUCUCCCUCACCCUGCUCAUCAUAGCGGCACCUGACAUGGUGGAGGAGCUUGGGCUGUUGAGAGGGGUUUCUCCCUAGGCAGCGGUUUCAGGCGGCGUUGAAAUGAAAGGGGGACGACCAGACACCUGAUCUACGAGUCCAACACGAAGGCAACAACCGAAACAAAGCAGCUGACGAC